AUGCACUCCUUAUCUUUAUGUGCAGCAUUGGCUGCUGCGCUGUCAAACAUUGCCUCUGCUUCUCUCUACGGCGAGAGCUAUCUUAACCAUUCUUGUGUCUUGCAUGACCCUAUUCCUUCUUGCUCUAAAAAUGCUACCUUGGCCAACGUCGACACCUGCUGUACAGAAACAUUUGGUGGAUUGGUCAUGAGUACGCAAUUCUGGGAUACAUACACAGGUCUGGAGUCAGAGGGUCAAGUGCUGCCAAAGAAUAGUUGGACUUUGCAUGGCCUGUGGCCGGAUUUUUGCAAUGGAUCGUAUACCCAGUACUGUGAUCUCAGCAGACAAUAUGAUCCCUCUCCUUCCCCGAGUACUCUGGAUAACGGAGCUGCUAUUCCCCCAUGGAAAGGACCGAGCAUCGACAGCUUGAUAGAGCCGUUUGGGAGGAAAGAUUUACUGGCAUACAUGAACAAAUACUGGGUGGGUCAAGCUCAAAAAAGCAAUAUCCUCUGGGCCCAUGAGUUCUCCAAACACGCUACUUGCUAUUCCACCUUCGACAUUCCCUGCUACGGUCCCCAAUCUCCGGCCCACUACGAUAUCCUCGACUUCUUCACCACAGCUCUACUCUAUUUCCGCCAUCAUCCCACCUACCAAUGGCUCGCAGAGACGGGUAUUACUCCAUCUAACACCACCUCCUACACCCUCUCUAACCUCCAGUCUGCGCUGAAACGGGGGGCUGGUGCGAGACCGUAUAUUGGAUGCAGUGGUCCUCGGUACAAUGAGACAGACGCUGGACGAGGAUCGAUGGAUGAUGGAUAUACCGUGCUGGACCAGAUUUAUUACUAUAUGCACGUCUUGGGCCGACCACAGGAUGGAAUGGGAGUGCCUGUGGAUGCAUCUGUCGAGGGCUCGUUAUCGAGCUGUGCGAAGAGUGAAGGGGGAGUUUGGUAUUAUGAAAGAGCCUCGGGAUCGGAGGUCUAA